AUGCUCUUCCCCGUCGGCUCCUUACCUCCCGGUCCGCCUAUCGAAACCAAAAAGGCUUUGUUACUGCUGGACUUUCAGAAUGACUUUGUCGACCCUGGCGGAAGGCUUCCCGUGCAGAAUGUGGCCUCAUUUUUGUCUGAGCUCCCUACCCUUGCAGCUGAAUUUCGCACAAAAGGCGUGGUAAUCUGGUGUGGGACCGAGUUCAAAGGGACAAGAUCAUCACUCUCUUCCACAACUGGUUCACAGGCAAUCCUCCUGAAGCAAUCUCUAAAGGAUCGAGAUUCCAAUGAGGAGAUUGGUGAGUACCACAGUCAUCCCAAUCACACUCGCUCACCAACCGAAGAUCCAUUGUCGCCCUCGGUUAAGCCAGAUGUCACUCAUGACCGUGAAGCAUUCCUGGCUCCGACCAUGAUACCUACCAAAUACCGGUGCUGCAUGCCUGGCUCCAAGGGAAUUGAAUAUCCCAGCAGCCUAAGCGCGGCCAUGGAUCAGGACCAGGACCUCAUCAUGCGCAAAGAGAACUAUUCCGCCUUCGCUGAUACCUCGCUGUUGAUGUACCUACGAACCAUGCUCAUCACUGAGUUGUAUGUCUGUGGUUCGCUUUCCAACAUAUCUGUCUACGCCACCGUGCUAGACGCUGUAUGUCACGGCCUACAAGUAACCGUAGUCGAGGACUGUCUUGGCUUUAACGAUGAAUUAUGUCAUGUUGAGGCAAUGAGACAGAUGGCAGACGAUAUGGGCGCAGAAGGUAUCGAUUGUCAAGAACUCCGGGAUGACCUGGCUGGCUUGUUAGGCGAUGUGAUACGAGAGGAGGAUUUCCCAACCUCAUUCCAAGUCAGUCUACCGCCCCCAUCACGGGUGAGGUCAAACAUUUCGGCACAACACAUUAGUGAUUGGAUUGCACGAUUGGAAGGUGAAAGUGAUGCUAUUGAGCCCUCAGAUACCAAAAGAACCUCGUCGAACAGAAUGGAAAGUCUCGCAGUACCGGACUUGGAUUCUUACGCAAAAAGUGAGUCAUCCUGCCAGCAAUCGGGUUCAAUCAUGGAAGAGAGCAACCCACCUCGAAAGAGGGCGGCAAGUGAUCUCAACCCAACAGAGCACGAUCGUCUCCUUGCAUCUCCACAGACGCCCUCAAAUCGUCCUUCCUCAAGCGCUGUUCACAUUGCUGAGCAUAAGGAAAUAAAACAGGCUGCCCAAACACGCAAGAGACGCCCUUCUCACGAUUCCCCAACUAUGCCUACCCACUCGAGCAACGAGACCAUGGCCGAGACAGCUACCAACAGUCCUGGUAGCAAGAAAGACUCAGCCUCUGAGCUUGGCUUGUUGAUGGCUGAGGACUCAGGUAUAGGACACGCACACAAUGGGCCAUCAAUGCUGCCCAAGAAGAAGAAAAAGUUGGAGCAAGAUACACUAGGUCCAGAUGAUAAAAUUGGGCAAGGGGAUUCUCGAGUUUACACUGAAGUGCUUGAUAAAGCUGAGGCAGACUCCGCUUUUGAAGCUUGCAGAAAGUCUGUCAAAUGGCAAAAGAUGUUUCACAGGUCUGGCGAAGUACCGCGUCUGGUUGCAGUUCAGGGAGAUGUCUCAGAAGACGGGACUCAGGUUCCAAUUUACAGGCACCCAGCUGAUCAAUCGCCGGCGCUCUUACCCUUUGACUCGGUCAUUGGCAAAAUUCGAAAAGCCGCUGAGUCAAUUGUGAAGCAUCCCCUGAACCAUGCUCUGAUUCAGUGGUACCGAACCAGCGAGGACAAUAUCUCAGAGCAUUCUGAUAAAUCGUUGGAUAUUGUCCGUGGCUCGAUGAUCGUCAAUUUCAGUCUGGGUGCCCGAAGGACAAUGAUCCUACGUACGAAGAAGUCGAGUGUCAACAGUGCUGGCGAACAAACCGGUGGAGAGACAUUCAGACCUUCACAACGCAUACAUUUGACGCACAACUCUCUUUUUGUGCUCGGUCCUGACACAAACCAGCAUUGGUUGCAUGCAAUUCGCGCCGACAAGAGGAUGAUGUCGGAAAAGGAUCCCGCCGAACUUGCGUUUGAUGGCGCACGGAUAAGUGUAACGCUCAGACAUAUCGGGACCUUUAUCAACCCAUAUACGAACACAAUCUGGGGCCAAGGAGCUACAGCAAAGACCAAGGAUGAGGCUGCCCAAUUACUUACCGGCACAGAGACGGAGAAGGAAGGGGAACUAAUGAUACGAGCCUUUGGGCAAGAAAAUCAUCAAAGUACAGCCUGGGAUUGGAUGAAGUGGUACGGCAAAGGGUUUGAUCUGGUCAACUUCGAGACCAAGACGGGAUGA